GCUAUUAAAGGAAUAAGAGAGAAAGUACAUGUAGCAACCAAGUUUGGUAUACGUUUUGAAGAUGGAAGAAGGGGCAUUUGUGGUGAACCUGCAUAUGUAAGGGCUUGUUGUGAGGCCAGCUUGAAGAGACUGGACAUCGACUGUAUUGAUCUGUAUUAUGUCCAUCGUAUCGAUACACAGUUGCCAAUUGAAGUCACGAUGGGAGAGCUGAAGAAACUCGUUGAAGAGGGUAAAGUCAAAUAUAUAGGUUUAUCUGAGGCUUGUGCAUCAACAAUCAGAAGGGCCCAUGCUAUUCAUCCAAUAACAGCUGUUCAAAUGGAAUGGUCUUUGUGGACUAGAGAUCUGGAGGAAGAAGUAGUUCCAACUUGCAGAGAACUUGGCAUAGGGAUCGUCCCCUAUAGUCCUCUUGGACGAGGAUUCUUCUCAGCAGCAAAGUUGAUUGAGAGCUUGCCUGAGGAUGACUUUCGGAAGUUUCCUAGGUUCAAGCCGGAGAAUUUUGAGCAUAACAAGCAAGUAUUUGAGAAACUCAAUCUAAUGGCUGCAAGAAAAGGCUGCACCCCUUCACAACUAGCAUUGGCUUGGAUUCUUCACCAAGGAGAUGAUGUAUGCCCUAUACCAGGCACUACGAAGACUAAGAACUUCAAUGCAAAUGUUGGAGCCUUAUCUGUAAUAUGGACUGCGGAAGACAUGAAAGAGCUCGAGUCUUACGCCUCUGGUGAUGUUGUCAGAGGUGAGAGACAUGUGUACGUGUCGUCAACUUGGAUAAAUUCAGACACUCCGCCAUUGUCCUAUUGGAAAGCUGAAUAGGGGUUUGACAGGUGAUAUCUAUUUGGCUUCCUAUGAAUGCUCACACUCUCCAAAAAUAUGGGAAAUCCAACACUCCUCCGACAACAUUUUUGAAGUGUCUAAAAAACACUAAUGGUUUUUGUACAUGCAUCAUAUGUAUAUAUGAAGCGAGACGAUCUUAUGGAUUGCUCCUAAAUAAUUUGGUAUUAAACUACCAAAACCUUUGAACUACCUUCAAAUAAACUUUCGUACAGGAGUACUCAUCUUUCAA